AGAGAGAGAGAGAGAGAGAGAGAGAAGAGAGCGAGAGAUUGCAAUGCAGCAACAGCAGCAAAAUCCGGCGGCGACGGCGGCAAUCCAAAACGUCGCCGUUCAGUCGAACUCCGCCGGCGGUUCGUCGACGGCGGAGGCGCCACCGAAGCAGGUGGCGCUUGCAAUGGACAGGCUGUCGCACGCGGCACGGCUGAUCGCCGACAUCCGGCUCGGCGCCGAUCGCCUCCUCGAAGCUCUCUUCGUCGCCGCCCAGCCUCACCAGAGCAACAAGCCGGUCAAGCUGUUCCCGAACGAAGACGCCUCCAUGCGCCAGCAUCUCCAAGACCUCCGCUCAAUCGGUAAGCAGUUGGAGGAAUCUGGAGUUCUGAGCGAAUCUCUUCGGUCGCGGAGCAAUUCGUGGGGACUGCAUAUGCCGUUGGUUUGCCCCGAUGGCGCUGUGGUCGCCUACGCUUGGAAGCGCCAACUGGCCGGUCAGGCCGGCGCCUCUGCCGUCGAUAGGACCAGAUUGGCUCUCAAGGCCUUCACGGAUCAGAAAAGGCGUUUUUUUCCCCACCUUGAUGAGGAUCUGAAUGGUCAGGAUUCUGAGCCAAAUGUGAAGAAACAUCGUAGCCUGCAAGUAGUUAGAGAAACUCGUGAAGAGGAUCUUAGUGAUUGUAAAACACUUUUGGAUGUUCUAACGCGCUUGGAAAAAGAAGUGCCCAAUGUGAAAAUUGUAACCUAUGAACGGCUGGACUGGUCGAAAAGAGCUUCUUCACUGCCGUCUUCAGCAAACGAGAAUCCGAUGGAAGCACUAAAGGAACACAAUUUUCAUACUUCAAAUAGAAUGAAACCAGUUUCUCUUGGAAAUGCUGCUCCAGAUAAAGCCGCUGUAAUUGAGUUGUUCUUUCCUUCCAUCUUCAGAGCUAUAGUAUCUUUGCAUCCGGCUGGCUCUAUUGAUCCGGAUGCUGUAGCAUUCUUUUCUCCUGAUGAGGGAGGCAGCUAUAUGCAUGCAAGAGGAGUUUCAGUUUAUCAUGUCUUCAAACAUAUUACGGAACAUGCUGUGAUGGCUUUGCAAUCUUUUCUUGGAGUUGAAGUUGAAACAGCUUUAUAUUCCCUUUUGCAUUGGAUCUGCAGCUACCAAAAUCUGUUCACCAAAGUUUGCAGUAAAUGUGGGCGACUCUUAGCUAUGGAUCGACAAUUAGGUCUACUGUUACCUCCUAUUUAUCGCCCUUACCAGCAGUUCUCUGCGUUCAAAGUUUCAUCUACGCAACCCAAUACCUCAGUGAAGGAUCAAAGUUCAAAUCUUGCCAGGGCUUACCAUAUCGGAUGUUUCUCAGAGGAUACAUAAGUUUUAUGUAAUUUAUAGGCUAUGGAUGCUAAAAUUUGCCAGCAUGUCUUCGUUUUAUUUCAGGUAUUAUCUGUUUGCUCGCAGAAACAUUGCCACGCCACUUCAAAUUGCAUGUGUGAUGUCGAGCGUAGGCAUUGCUUGCAGACAAACGUUGAACCCUGUACACAACUUUCAUCUCUUUUUUUGAACUUGGGAGUGGGGGAAUUCGAAUUCUUCACCUUAUAGUGGAGUCGGGUGUAGAAUUACCGCUAAGCUAUGUUAGCAACCACUACACAAUUUUCAUCUAUAAUUCCUUUUUUACUUGACACAUAUUGAUGAUCCAUGACCAUCAAAUGUUUCCCGCUAACAGAUGGCAGCUAUGAGAUUUGUAUUUUGCUUUUUCGUUUUAGAGGAUUUUGUACUUUUACUUUUUGAGAUUCUCCUCUGUAAUUUUUACCGAAAACUAAUUUUGUACCUGAUCACAAUCUUUAGAGCUCUACUUUUAUGUAGUGAUUACUACAGUAGAUUCAGAAAAUUUGAGAUA